GAAGCGUCAUGUCAGAGUGCCGGGAGAGCUAGUUUUGUGAGAGAGGCGAGACCACCGGUCUGUGGGCAAGACGGAGACAGAGACCGUUUGAGAGGAGCAGCACUGAGUCUCAACACUAGGAGGAGGACGUUACAUCAGACCUUAUAGCAUCUAAUCUAAAACCAGCAUCCCUGUACACUACUACUGUUCCUCUCAGCGUUGCCAUGGAGCUGAGUCACGCCAAUGGGGAGUUUGCGCUGGAUGUGUUCCGUGCCCUGUGCAAGGAGAGUGAGGGGCCCCGGCCCAGCAGUCUGAUCAUCAGCCCCCUCAGCAUCAGCACAGCGCUGGCCAUGGUGUACCUGGGGGCCCGCAACAAGACACAGGAGGAGAUGGGGAAGGUGUUGAAGUUUGGCCAGGUGUCUGAUGUCCACUCCCACUUUAACUCCCUGAUGGAGAAGAUCACAGCUCCGAGCUCCUACACUCUCAAUCUGGCCAAUCGGCUCUUUGGUCAGCAGAGCUUCAACUUCUCACAGGAGUUUCUGGGGGAGGUCCAGAAGAAGUACCUCGCGGAUCUGCAGGCCAUGGAUUUCGUCUCAGCAACUGAAGCAGCCAGAGGCACCAUCAACACAUGGGUGGAGGACAAGACUGAGAACAAGAUUAAGGAGCUACUGAAGGCUGGGGUGUUGACCCCGAUGACUCGCCUGGUGCUGGUGAACGCUGUGUACUUUAAAGGCAACUGGAUGCAUCGCUUCAAGCCAGAGAACACCAAAGAGAAGCCCUUCAAGAUCACCAAGACGGAGACGCGCCCCGUUCAGAUGAUGCACCAGAAACAGAAGCUGCCUCACAACUGGGUGCGGGAGCCUAACCUGCAGGUGGUGGAGCUGCCCUACACAGACCCCCAGCUCAGCAUGGCCAUCCUCCUGCCACCAGAGGACACCCUGGACACGAUCACCUCAUUGGCAGAGGAACUUAACAUCUUUUUUGCCCGCUUUGAGGUACAGCCACCUGACACUGCCAUCCAUAACACACCAGGAUACAGCAGUCACUCUCUCGUGCUGGAGGAACAGCAGGUGAUGAGUAAGCUGACCAUCUCCAAGCUGCUGGAGUGGACCGAUCCAUCCAACCUGCGCCGUCAAAACGUGCACCUGCACCUGCCCCGCUUCAAGCUAGAGAGCAGUGCCUCGCUGGCGGGCACGCUGACCGUGCUGGGCAUGGGCUCGCUGUUCGACUGCUCCAGCGCCGACCUGACGGGCAUCAGCGUUGACAGAGGGCUGUCCCUGUCAGCGCUGGCACACGGAGUCGUGUGUGAGGUGAACGAGGUGGGCACGGAGGCGGCGGCUGCCACAGUGGACAUAUGCAUGACUGUAAGCAUAGAUCGCACCCUGAUCUUCAUGGCAGACCACCCCUUCCUCUUCCUCAUCAUGCACAAGCCCACGCGCAGCAUCCUCUUCCUCGGCAGCUACUGUGGGCCGGAGUGAGGAAGGAACUGGAGGAGGAGAUAUUGUUUGUCAACCAGUAAAUAAUGCUUCAAAAUCCUUUUUGUGGUUCAUCAAACAACUCCACUCC